AUGCAAAUCAUACAGAAGUUCAUUGUGAAUCUAUACGUACUAAAGGAACUUGGAGACACAGAUAACCAACUCUUGAAAACUCUGGAAACCAGACUUACUAACAGUGAAGCUCAGAUUGAGAAACUCCAAAAGGAAAACCGAGACAAACCAAAGGUGGCAUUUUCAGCUGCAUUGGGAUCAAAUGAUUUCUUUGGACCAGUUAACGCAGAUACAACACUGAUUUACAAGAAAAUCUACAGUAAUGUUGGUGAUGCCUAUAACAAGUCCACAGGGAUUUUCACAGCACCGGUACGAGGAGUUUACUAUUUCAGUUUCUUCUACCAUUGUGGAGUUAGUAAUCCAACAUUGUUGGCCUUGUAUAGAAAUGGAAAGCAAGAAACAUUAACAAAACAUCACAAGAGUGACGGUCCUACAGAGAACGGAGGCAAUGCCUUAACGCUGCAUUUGGAGAAAGGGGAUCGAGUCUAUAUGGUACUCAAAAAGUAUUCAUGGAUCUGGGAUGAUGUCUCAGAAAAUGUCACAGUGUUCAGUGGUUUUCUUAUCAAUGCCAUGUAA